GGUAUCGAAUACGCAAGACGCUAUGGGACAAACUCAAAACAUGAGGUUGGUGGUUUGCGUUCUGGUGCUUUUAUGGACUCUUCAAUCAGUUUCAGCACGAGGAGGUAGAGGUGGUGGUCGUGGUCGUGGUCGUGGUGGUUAUGUUGGUGCAAAUUGUGAGACGUACUAUAUCAAUGGCGAGUCUCAAUGGCACAGCUGUGGGCGUCAUGAGUUCUGCUGUGGUGACUGUGAACACCGAUCCUGCUGUUCCGACUCAUUAAAGGAAUUAACUUUAGAAGAACAAAAUCAGUGCUACAACAGUGAGGAAAAUCACAAGAGGAAAUUAGAAGAGGAAAGAUCUUUGUUCGAUGGGGUCGAUUGGAAAACUUCGUGGCAGAUAAUUUGUGGAAUCAUCGCAGGCAUCAUCAUCUUAAUGCUGCGCCUCUUCUGCUUGGCGAAGGUCACUGGCAGUUUUCCGGGGGAUGGUAAGUAAGCAAGAAACCUGUA